AUUUUGUACAAUCAUAUGUACCAAAUUGGAGAAAAGGAAAUUGCGAAUUUGAACAAUUAUAGGGUUCUAAAUUCGCAAUCGAGAAAUCCCUAAAAAGCUAUGGUUGGGGGUUGUGAUUCUGAGAGUGGCACUUACUGAGCAGAGAAUGUAAUUAGGAAUCCAAUUCCAAUUCGCCGAUUUCUCUUUGUCACACUUCCUUUUCUCGGGUUUUUGUUCAUAUCAUGAAAAGGACAUUGCCAUGGAGUGAUGAUGAUGAUGAUGAUGAUGACGACCACUCAUCACCAGAUGUGUCAUCAUCUUUGCAUUCUGACUCUGAACAUGAUAAUGAAACUGGUGGGAAAAAAUCCAAAGGUAAAUCUAGAAAGCCGAAAAGUGCUGUAAUUGACUUUGAAGCACUGAAGCGACAUGGAUAUAAAGGUGGACCUUCGGUCUUAAAGGUACCCCCACCCAAAGAAGGGGAUGAGACGAAGCAAGAUUGGUCGUGGUCCACUGGACAGGAAAAGCGUGUAGACAAGGAAACUGAAGAAUCAUAUGAGCAGCGACAGAAAACAAGAGAUGCUAUUUCCCUAGGAGAGCAGCUGCCAACUGCUCAGACUAGGAAUGAGAAGAAGAAUCUUUCCUUCUCUCAGAAGGAAAAGAGGAAAAGAGAGCUUGGUCAGGCAAGCAGGGGGAAAAAUUAUGUUGAAGAAGAGAAGAGGUUGUUAAGGGACAGUGGAGUCUAUUCUGGUUUUGAUGGUUGAUAUGGGAUUGCUAGAAUCCCCUUCAUAUUGUAGAAAGGUACUAUCUCUUGUGAUUUUCUUGUACUGAGAAGAAUUUGAUUGUAAUGGUGGUUUGUUGUGACUUAAAAUUUGAAAGAAAUGAAUUAGGGAU